UCCAAAUAUACAAACAUUCGAAAUGAAACCAAACACAACCCUUUUAAAAGGCCUUAGAGUGACUAUGCCCGCUGUAUCUAAACCGGUCUACAAGGCGCCCAGCUUAUCGGCCAUCACUGUGGACGAACUUCCCAACAACACAUUUGAAAAGGAAAACCAAUACCACAUCACACAAUCCGCCACAGGCACCUGGCCGGUGUACAAAAAAAUACAGAACACGAAGAUCACCACUGAAAUCAAACGUGUCAAGGGUAAUGCGGCUCUUUUUGCCGAAGAGUUGUCCCGUGUGCUCUUUAAGAAUAACGUGCCUAAGAAGCACGUGCGUGUGAACACGCUCACAGGCGAGGUGAACAUCAAAGGAGACCGCUCUUCAGAAAUCCGCACGAUCUUGAACGAGAUGGCCAAGUAAAUAUGAUAUUUCUUUAAGGAUUUGUAUAUAGUAUUGCAUCGGAGACGUUAUUUUGGAUCAUCCACACAAAGCCCAUCCGUAGAAACAAAGAGCUCAAGAGAGCUCAACCU